AUGCAUUGUGGGGCGUCCAGCAUCUUGAAGGAUCAGGAGGCAUACCCCACACAUGCGGCCUACCCCAACUUUGCCAACACCGGUCAAAUCAACGAGUUGGUCUGGGCCAUCCUGGGGAACGGACCUAACGCCGAGGGAUGGGUUGUUGAACCUGCCCCAGGAGACCUGCCUAACACAUACAGGAUCUCCACAAAUGACAAGAAGUCACGAUGGGUCAUUCUCGAAGGCGAUAAAGAUGCUCAGAUUGAAUGUCGUCCUUUGGGUACUGGCCACCAAGACGUGUUCCAGUUUGUUCACGUUGUGGAUUGA